AUGGCCGCUGCGCGAACACCAGUGUUACGGCACAUCCUGAGCUGCCAGACGGGGGCGCUGCGCGCCUCGAACCAGCGGCGCUGGGCCCAAGUCCACGACGUGCGCUUCCUCGCGACUACGCAGCAGCCACGCAACAUCCUCGAAAAGUACCGCGACAAGCUCGACCGCAAGGCGCGCGAGGAGGGCCACGCAGACAUCGACUCGCUCAAAGCAGCUUACGCCCAAAGGAUUCACGCCCUGCGCAAUGAGACCGACGCAGUCCUCACUCCCCCGAGUCGCACACCUGCGCCUGGACAACAACCAUCAUCAUCACCAUCCAGCCCUAGUCCCUCCUCCUCCUCGUCGAGACUUCCACCACAACAACAACCACCCAAACCCUCCUCGACGGGGAUCAAACCCCUCUCCGAAAUACUCGACAUCCCCAAAGCCUCCGUCCUCCCGACAAAGGAACUAACCGCCAUCUGGCGCCUGCACCACGCCGUCCGACCCAACUCGCUCUGCGCCGUGAUCCCGGCCGCCACCUUCACCGCCAUGGAGACGCUCGCCCGGCAGAACCCGCAGUUCGUGCUGCCCGUGCCGCACCCCAGCCAGGGCGCCGAGAUGCACUUUUUGCAGUGGACCUGGGACGCGGCGACCAAGUCGGCCACGGUGCUGUUUACACAGCUGGCCGAGUACAAGGCUAGGGGGGAGUUUGCGGCGCCGCAUACGACGGUGACGCACUACAAAGAUUUUCUGGCCCGGGAGGACGGGGGGGAGGGGGUCGUCCUCAUGCAAGGCUUGGUCAUGGAUGACCGCGGGGUCAAGGUGGAUGAUGCGCGGUGGUUGGUUAUGUGCUUGCAGCGGUUCUAUGGCGGGUGGGACGGGACUGGCGGGAGAAAGGCGCAGGAGAGGGCUGAGGAGAGGAGGAGGUUGUUGGAGUGGUUUGGACGGGGGGAUGGGAGAUUUAGUGUGGAGCGGUUGAUGGAGGAGGCGGAGAGGAUGGGGUAG